ACUGCUAUGUUACAGUCUCUUCUCCAAUUGAAGCUUUGUUUUACCCCGGAGAUCGUAAUAAUAAAUCUCAAUGAGAAAGGGAAAAAAGGGGAGCAUUGUCCAAUAUCCGGGGGUGGAUCGCAAAUCUCCAGCUUCUCCUGCUGCCGGUUUGAUGAACUAGACAGUUCGUGCCAUGCUCAUGUUCCUUUUUCAAGGUCAAUCUCCGAAAAGUUCUUCUUGAGAGAGAGUCACAGAAGAACCGAGAACUUCACAUGCCCUAGCGCUAGACCCGUCUCCGCAUCUCGCCCCCGGACUUUGGCAUCACCCCUCGUCGAUCUACUCGGCCGUGUGUAUCGAAUCCGGAAGCCCGCCCCGCUCUCACAACGGCAUAACAAAAGCUCUUACACGCCCUCUGAGGAGUUACCACAGCAAGAAUAGCAACUAGCACCCCUGGUAAGAGUUCCCUGUCCCUCUUUCAACCUCCCAUUCGUCCAACUUCCCAGCUUCCGGCUCGUCGCAGCGUAUCCCGACCCCCCUCCCACAGUCCACUCACGCUAGACUCCAGAAAAGGAACGAGGAUCAGAAUCAAGAACAAGAAGUUGACCUGCAAGUCUGCAGGAAGAAGAGGCUGGUCUUCCCUGUAAUGGUUAACGGGCAACGGCACCGUCACGCUCUAACCAAGUCGAGCUGAACUUGUUGAUUCCUUCACAUACAUAAAGCCCUUUCUCAUCCAUCUCUCAAGCUUUCCCCUUCUUUCUUUUCCUCCUCAUCCACUCGCUUCCAUUGGACCAAUUCAGCAUCAGCUUCAGCCUUGCCUCUUUACACUCGUUGUGUCUUCCUCGCAUAUCAACUUUUAAAAAAGACAACCCCAAGAAACAACCUUCAAGAUGAAGUACUCUUUCGCUAUUGCUGCCCUCGCCACCGCCGUCUCGGCUCAGUCUCUCGCCGACGUCCCCAAGUGCGCUAUUCCUUGCCUUGACGACGCCAUCACCAGCAAGACCGACUGCAAGACCACUGAUCUCACCUGUGUCUGCAAGAGCUUCGACGAUGUCCGAAGCGCCGCUACCUCUUGUGUGAUCACCAAGUGUGGUUCCGACGUUGCCAUCAACGAGGUCCUCCCUGCUACUGAGAAGCUCUGCUCUGGCGGCUCCGGCUCCGGUUCCGCCGAGGAGUCCUCCAAGGCCGACACCACCAAGGUCGAAACCUCCACCAAGGUUGUCGUCACCACCAGCGCCGUCGGGACCACUGCUGUCGAGACCACCGCCGUCGAGACCACCUCUGUCCCUCCCGUCGUUGAGAGCAAGACCACCGCUGUUCCCCCCGUCGUCGAGACUCCCACCACCAAGUCCGAGGCUGCCGGCGGUGCCACCAGCACUCCCGCUCCCUCAGGUGUCGGCGAGAACAGCGCUGCUGGCCUCAAGGGUCUCGGCGCCAUGGCCAUGGCUGCCCUCAUGGCCCUUGCUCUGUAAACGGAGUCAAUUAUGAGCGCCAAUUCCUCAUCGUGGAAAAAACUAUUCAAGUUUUGAACGUGAGGUGACAGGCAUUGUUACGAGCUGAAAGGAAAGUAACGAGGAGGAAUGGAAUAUGUGUACAUGGGAAUUGGAUUCGGAUUUGUGAUUGGAAUCACGGGUUAAUAAUUAAUGGUCUUGAACCACCAGAAUAUAGCAAAUAUACCAGUGACACUUGUCUCACUUCUCUGCCCUCAAUUGAUGGUGAAUUUGCAAACCGUGAAUCGAAUGCCAUGAAUCAACAAACUGAGACAGUCAGGAUCAUACCAGC